AUGGGACGUAUUCUCAUUGCUAAUUUAUUCCUACCUUCCACGGUAGGCUUUUCCUUCGAUACCGUGCCCAGAGAUGCAAUCGGCUCGCGUUUUCUUCAGCGCGAAGAUUCCAAGGAUUGGAUCGAGGACGCUCCCAUCGAUGAAAAUGCCAUCCUCUCCGAAGAAGACGAUGAGGAAACCAACGGUGACAACGACUACUACUCUACCGAUGACCAUCAUUAUCCCCUGUAUCGCUCUGAUUCGGCUUCUACCGAUGAUGAUGAUGACAAUGAAAGCGCUACCGUCCUCUCGGAUCUCCCUGAAGAAGUCGAGUCUUCUUCCAGACCUUCUUCCCUUCAUGCUUCCACCGCUUCUAUGCCCGGCAUCCGUAGCCAGGCUGGUACCCCCUCUGUCCCUUCUGGUACCGGUAGCCCAAAACUAGAUGACUCCCUCGGUAACCUUCAAAAGUUGCUAAAGGCAAGAGGACGUCGCCAUCUCGCUUUCAACGACGAGGACGGCCUUUCUUUACCUCCCUCCCGUCAUCAAUCCCCUCCUCCCUCCAACGUUUUAGCUUCCUACAAACGACACAGCUCCAAUGACCGCGAUAUGCAAUCCUUUGCUCGUCGCGCCUCCCAUUCCCUUUCCUUCUCCGCCGGUCAUGGCACAGGUCUUAAUCCCGGUCGCCGUAUGACCUUUGACGCUGAAGCUUGGAAAAAAAUUAGUUACCGUAUCCUCCCCAAUUCUUAUGGUAACGCCAGCUUCUACAACGCCAUCCACGCCGCCGACCGCACUGGGAAAUUCGGUGAACAUGUCUUCAUCGGUACCUCCGGCGUCCCCACCGAUUCUCUGCCCGACAUGGUCAAGCAAAAAAUCUCCGAUGAUUAUCUAACCUCUCACAAUUCCAUCGUCGUCUACCCCUCCGACACUGACUUUGUCGGUCAUUACAACCACUACUGUAAAAAUAUUCUCUGGCCCACCUUCCACUACCAAAUUCCCGACAAUCCUAAAUCCAAGGCGUAUGAAGAUCAUUCUUGGGCCAAUUAUGUAAAGGUCAACCAAAAUUUCGCUGAUGCUAUUCUUGCAAAUUAUCGUGAAGGUGACAUGGUUUGGAUCAAUGAUUAUCAUCUUCUACUCGUUCCUCAAAUCAUCCGUGAAAAAAUCCCUGCUGCAAAUAUCGGUUUCUUCUUGCAUAUCCCUUUCCCCUCCUCUGAGGUCAGCCGUUGUCUUGCUACCCGUCAAGAAAUCCUUCACGGCAUGCUUGGUGCAAAUAUCCUCGGUUUCCAAAUUCCAGAGUUUGCCUAUCAUUUCCUCCAAACUUGUUCACGCCUUAUCAACAUUGAUAUUCGCAAAGAUGGAACCGUAUCCUUGGAUGGUAGAAAGAUAGAAAUCGUCGCCCUUCCUAUCUCCAUCGAUCCCACUUCCCUAGACAAGCAACUUCAAAGUUCCCAAGUUCAACAUUGGAUUCGCGUUUUGCGUGAUCGCUUCAAGGGAAAGCAUAUCAUCCUAUCCCAUGAUAAACUUGAUCCCAUUUGCGGUCUUCGCUCGAAGCUUCUUUCCUUCGAAAUUUUCUUGCACAGAUACCCCCAGUAUCGCGAAAACACCAUUCUCCUUCAAAUCGCUCCUGAAUCCCUCCAAGAUAAUUUCCACUUGCCCUUAAUCUCCGAUAUCGUAACACGAAUUAAUUCUUCCUAUUCCAAUAUCGCCUCCCGUCAUGUCCCUGUAAUUCUCUUGAGACAAAAGAUCAGUAUCUACCAAUUCUUGGCUCUCAUGAUCCUCUCUGAUGCCCUCAUUGACAAUUCUCUGCGUGAAGGUAUCAGUUUGACGAGCCAUCAAUUCAUUUAUGCUCAACGCGAACGCCAUAGGCCUUUGAUCUUGAGUGAGUUUGUUGGUAGCUCUUCCAUUCUAGGUCAGAACGCCAUUAUCGUAAAUCCUUGGGAUUACUCCAACACUGCCGAUGCCUUUUACAGGGCCUUGUCUAUGUUGCCUGGUGAAUGCGAGGAGAGAAGCAAGGUUAUGUGUAACCUCAUUCUUCGUCACGAUGCUACUUCUUGGGCCAUUACUUUUGGUACUCUCAUCAAAGAAUCUUGGAAGGAACAACAAGCAAAUGACAAAAACAAGCUCACUUUCAGCGCUGAUCUUAUUCUCAAUCCAUACCAAAAUGCUAAAAAGCGUCUUCUCUUCCUUUACCUUGAAGGUACCAUCACAUCUUGGGGUUCUCAAAACCAAAGUGUAACAAGUGGUUUACAGAGAACAGUAAAUCUUUUGACGAACUUGACUGCUGAUCCUAAGAAUAUUGUCUAUAUUAUCAGUGCUCUUGGUCGACAAGAAUUAGAUCAACUUUUCCAACGUGUUCCCAGAUUGGGUCUUGUUGCUGAAAAUGGUUGCUUCACACGUGCCCCUCCUACAGCGGAUGCCUUACCUCCAUCUGAGCAACAAAUUGCCGCCUUAUGGAAGAAUGAAAUCAAGAAUGUUGAUCUCAGUUGGAUAAAGACAGUUACUGAGAUUUUUGGAUAUUAUGCUGAGCGUGCCGCAGGCAGUUACGUGGAAGAAAAGGAUGCCAGUGUCGCUUUGCAUUUGAGAGAGGCCGAAGAUUCUGAAUUUGCUUCUUGGGCAGCCAAGGAAUGUUGUGAGUCGGUCAAUAACUUUGAUAUUCCUUGCCGUGCUACAAUUCAGAAUGAUACCGUCAUUUGCCGUUCCAGCAAAGUUUCUAAACGUCUUGCUGUAGAAGAUAUUUACAAGUCUUAUGGUGCAGACUUUGACUUUAUAUUUUCUGCAAGCAAUGAAACAGAUGAUGACUCUGUUUUCCGUUGGAUUGCUGGUUUCAAACACAUGGGACCUAAACCUCCGUUUACGCAUACCGUAUACGUUGGUGAUCAUGAUUAUGGUACUUAUGCUGAUUCAGAAAGUUCAGGUGUUUUUGGGUUUUUGCAGGCAUUUGAAAAGGUCUUUUCGUGA